CUCUUCCUGGGCCACCCUCCACAUCGAGCAAUUCUGCUCUACACUGCAUCCUCCUCCGCCGCGCUCCGACACCUCAGCCUCCUCCCCCUCGCCGGCGCCGCCAUCCACCAUCCGCGCAACUCGCGCCACCGCCGUCUAACACCCACUCGAUCUGGUGUAUUAGUUCCUCCCAAGACAGCGCACCCCGGGCGGCGAUGGCGGCGACGCCGCUGCCCCCGGCGGCGCAACUGCCGCCCCCGCCGCCGGGCGACAGCGCGGCCGCGCUCCCACCCCCUCCGGGCACGGACAUGACGGGGAUCUGCUUCCGCGACCAGCUGUGGCUCAACACCUACCCGCUCGACCGCAACCUCGUCUUCGACUACUUCGCCCUCUCCCCCUUCUACGAUAUCACCUGCAACAACGAGUCGCUCCGCUCGCGCCAAAUCCACCCCCUCGACAUGUCCCAGCUCACGAAGAUGACCGGGAUGGAGUACGUGCUGAGCGACGUACAGGAGCCGCAUCUGUUCGUGAUUCGCAAACAGAAGAGGUUGAGUUCCGAGAAGUCUGAUCCCAUGCUUCCCAUGCUCGCUUACUACAUCCUUGACGGCUCCAUCUACCAGGCGCCCCAGCUUUGCAAUGUUUUUGCCUCCCGCAUAAGUAGGGCUAUGCACCACAUAUCAAAAGCAUUUACUACGGCAUGCUCAAAGUUGGAGAAGAUUGGGAAUGUGGAAACAGAGUCUGAUGCGGCAGCUUCUGAAUCGAAGACCCAAAAGGAAGCAAUUGACUUGAAGGAAUUGAAACGUGUUGAUCACAUCCUCAUGUCUUUGCAGCGGAAGCUGCCUCCUGCUCCACCCCCUCCACCCUUCCCGGAGGGCUACGUCCCUCCAUCUGCAUCGGAUCAAGAGAAAGCGCCAGAUGAUCUGUCGUCUGAGGCAUUGCCUCCCUCAAUUGACCCUAUCAUUGAUCAAGGGCCAGCAAAAAGACCAAGAUUCCAAUGAGAUUGCAGAAGUGACUGACACAGUGAUGACCUGUUUGUGAAUUCAUAAGUAGAGUUUUGUAAUUCCUGAGUUGGGAGGCCUAUAUUGCCGUUAUGAUGUCAAAAAUGGGAAUUGCGUAGAUUUUCACAGAUAGACUGAACUAAGAAAUCCUCUGAGAUGUUAAGGGGCACCGUACCCCUUUGCUUCAGCUCACAGUGGCAAAGUAAUGUUUUUACGGUAGCGUUAAUUGUUAUACAAAAUAGAGAGUUUCCGGCUUUC